CAAUUCCAGGCGCUGCCACGCACUCGUCUGCCCUAGACGGAGGUUGGGCGCCGCGGCUGAGCCUGCUGCUAGGUUGCUCUAGCUGGGCGCGCGGGGAGGCGGCGAGCACAGCUGGGCCGGGACUUCCUUCCUCCCUCUACCGCAGGACAACAAAACAACCCGGCAGCAGGCGCUGAGCCCUUGGCAGCUGUCUGGGCGAGAGGCGCAGCGAUGGGCUCUGUGCUGAGCAGCGAUAGCGGCAAAUCCGCCCCCGCCUCGACCGCCCCGCGGGCCCUGGAGCGCAAGGGGGACCCCGAGCUGCCCGUCACGUCCUUCGACUGUUCCGUGUGCCUCGAGGUGUUGCACCAGCCCGUCCGGACCCGCUGUGGCCACGUAUUCUGCCGUUCCUGUAUCGCCACCAGUCUGAAGAACAAUAAAUGGACCUGUCCUUAUUGCCGGGCCUAUCUUCCUUCAGAAGGAGUUCCAGCCACCGAUGUAGCCAAAAGAAUGAAAUCCGAGUACCAGAACUGCACCGAGUGUGACACCCCGGUUUGCCUCAGUGAAAUGAGGGCACACAUAAGAUCUUGUGAGAAGUAUAUAGAUAAGUAUGGACCGCUGCAGGAACUUGGGGAGACGGCAACCAGGUGUGUGUGUCCAUUUUGUCAGAGGGAAUUGGAUGAAGACAGCUUGCUGGAUCACUGCAUUACUCAUCACAGAUCAGAAAGGAGAUCUGUGUUCUGUCCACUUUGCCGUUUACUACCUAAUGAGAAUCCAGGAAGCUUUAGUGGCAGUUUAAUAAGACAUUUGCAAGUCAGUCACACUUUGUUUUAUGAUGAUUUCAUAGAUUUUAAUAUAAUUGAGGAAGCUCUUAUCCGAAGGGUCUUAGACCGGUCACUUCUGGAAUAUGUGAAUCACUCAAACACCGCAUAAUUUAAUUAAGAGGAAAGGGAAGGAGACCAUAGAAUUGCACCAUUUGUUAAGAUGCUGCUUGAACAAUUGGAGGGCAAUUGUCAAGGUUCCAUGGGCAAAGAUGUACAACACUGUUAUACGUUUGUCCAUGUUUAUUGUUAUAUUGCGUUUUAAAACUACUUUCAUUUUGAUGGCUUAAAUUUGUUUAACAUUCUUGAGUUUUUUAGACACUUAACAACAAAAAGUAGUCUCCAUCAGCCAUUAAUAUAUGGAAGAGGACAUAAGGCAGGAUAUGUGGGUGAAGGAUCUUUAUUUGCAAAUUGGAUGAUACUAUGUGUAAUGCUACAUAUUAAUAACUACUAUCAUGGUUGAGCAAGAUAACUAAUCUUUGUUCUAUCUAAAAAGAUGGAGAGUGAAACCAAGUGUGGACAUUCAAGGACAUAUGAAAUCUGUGGUAGUGCUCAUCUAAUCUCUAAUAGAAUAAUAUGAGUAGCCUUGUAUUGGAGUAGAGGAGGAAAAUUUUGGAAGUCAACAAAGUCCACUUAACCAAAUUGUAAAACAUAAUACUGUAACAAAAUAAAUUUUGUGUUAGGAAUGUAUACUUAAUUCUUUGACUUUUUAUAACUAUGCACAAUAAGAAUUUAAUAUUAUAUUUUUCAAAUAUUUGUAGCUUAUUAUUUAGAAAUAUUUCUAUAAUAUAGGCAGUUUUCUUAAGAACCUUCAGCUGAUAUUUAUAGUAGAAGUGUUCACAUCCAUAAUUUUUAGUGGAAAACCCUAAGGGCUUUGCUUUUUUUUACUUUUUUCCUUUAGAAAAAAUACAAAAUAUAAAUACUGAAAACCAAACAAAAUGUAGCUUUUUACAUCAUUAUAAGGAAACACUGUUUUAGAACUUCGCCAGCCAUUCUGGUUGUCCUCUGUGUGUCCAGUCACAGUUAUCAACCAUCUCCCCAAAUUCCACAGAAGUAACUAAUACCCAUUAUAAUCACUGCAGUGAUUAUACCCAUUGUAAUCACUACAGUGAUACCCAUUAUAAUCACUUCCUUGCAUUUCUUUAUUAUUGCCCAAGUGUGUAUCUCUACACACUGCAUUUUAAUCUUAUCCAUUUAAAAUUGUUUUAUUGGCUACAUCUUUUAAAUCUAUAGGUUCUCCCUUCUUUCUUUUCCUUAGAAUUUACUGAAGAACUUGGUCUCAUGGCCUAUAGAGUUUCCCACAGUCUGUAUUUUGCUGGUUGUGUACUCAUGGUGCAAUUCAGCACAUUCCUCUUUCCUCUGGAUAUUGACACAUGGAUCCAGAUGUUUGAAUAGGCUCAGGUUCAGUCCUUUUUGGCAAGACUAUAGGUCAUGGUGUGUUCUUUCAUCAGAGGGCACAUAAUAUCUGGUUCUCUCUAUUUGUGAUAUCAGCUGAAAUUGAUACUCAAUACCUAGAUCCAUUGAUUUACUGUGAGGUAGAAGAUAUUCUAAUUCUAUCAUUUCUCUUUCAUUUAUUAACUGGAACAUUUUUAUAAAGAGAUGUUUCCCCACAUGUACUAUUUGGUUAACCAUUGGUCAAGUUUGUACAGGAAAGGGAAGGUAAAUAUUUGUAUUUUCCUUUCAUGUACUAAUUUUCAAGAAAAUAAACUUGUUUCCUAUUACCUUCCAGAGAUCCCUUCCUUUUUUCGGUAUUACGAACUCAUGGGUUCAAACAUAUUUGAGAGGCUUCAACCCAUUUCAAAUAUUACCUUAUUGAAGUUCAAAUUGUCCCAUCUUUGGCCUUUGGGAGACUCACCAAGUUGCCUCUGAGUCAUUUUGACAUUACACUAGCUGUCUUUAUUAGCUUCCUUGCUAUCUCAGAAGACAAGAUAUUCUAGGCUCAACUUGUGUGUUUCCUGCCCCAGACCUGGAAUGAGCCAUUUCUCUGAGAAGUCUGGCUCCUUUUAGUGAGAAAUGGUAUUUCAAAACCAUAAUCAAGGCUCUAAGGAUGCUCACUGCUAUUACAUUGGCCAUUGUUCCUAGGAGAGAGCUAGAAAUCUCUAUUUUUUUAAUAAGAUAAAACACUUUGUGAGUUUAUUGUGAAACUUCCAAAUCAAAUUGAGUACUACAGAGUUUUUACUUAAUCCUUUCUAUUACAACUAUAUUUCCAUUUUCUAUAGUGAGAAUCCUGGUUUUCAAGGACACAAGGCAUGACAGAGUUAGAAUAUCCCACAAUUAUUCAUUUCCUUUAUUUACCAUACACAUGCAGCAGCCUCAGAAUAACAAUGCUAAUAUGACCACCACCCAUAUGAUUACUGAAACAAUUGAAAUUUUUUCAUUUGCUCUUCCCAUUCUCUGUUUUUAAAAGUCAUACUAUAUCAGGAUUUCCAAAAAAUACUGGUAUAACAUACUAUACUCUCUCCCUUCUAUCCCCCAUUUAGUCUUAGUUCUUCAAAUAACUGUAUAUUCAGUGCUUGCAGCAAGUGGUUAUCUGAUGGCUCUAUUUCUCAUAUCUGUCUCUUUAAUGACAAAUCCGGGAUGUAGAAUGACGUCUCUAGUGUAAGCAAGCAAAGGAAGCUAUGAAGACUAGUGAUAACAACUGAGGAUAAAAUAUUUGGCUGUAGUUAGCUUUUUAAUUGUCAUCAUUUAUGAACUUUGUUCCUUACACAUAAAUGUAGUCAUAAUCACAGUGCCCCCAAUUCUUUAUAAUAAAUUAUCCAUUCAUUCUUUAAAGACUUGCUUACUAUUCUGCCAUCCACUGUGAGAUGAGAAAAAAGUAAAACCAGAUGAAAUCUUAAGGGCCUUCUUCCCUCCCUUUUAGAUACUGGUUUCAAGCUUGCUUUUUACAGCUGCAGACAAGUAAGAACAGAUUUUUAGUUUCACAAGCUCUUGUCCUGCAAUUUGGAUGGGUCGUCCAAUAAAGCAAAACCCGCUGGACAACAAGUGCAAAAAGGAAUUUUUCAGAGAUAAUCAGACUGAAAAUCUAGUCCCUAAAAAGUAAAACAAUAUAUUUCUGAGCAUGAGUACAGCAAGUAAAUCUUCGUUAGUUCAGAACCACACAAAAGGCGUCUUUAAAUCUGUAAAACUUGAAAUAACUUCAAAACUUGAAAACCUGGAUUUUAAGUAAAGCUUUAAAAAGUCAUCUACCACUAUUAACCUCAGUGCAGCGAUACUUCAGCCAGUCCCUGGAAUCCUCUUGGGAUAAUUUUGCCACCUACAGGACAAACGAGGUGCUGGCCGCCUGAAUUAUUUUGCCUUCUGAAUUAUUUUGAGUUCUGAAAGGGUGAAGUGCAAAUAUUCAUUGUUUUCACUGCGCCUUUAGCCUUUUAUAAAAAGGAAUUUAUCGGGGCGCCUGGGUGGCUCAGUCGGUUAAGCGACUGCCUUCGGCUCAGGUCAUGAUCCUGGAGUCCCGGGAUCGAGUCCCGGGAUCGAGUC